AUGCCCCAUUCCACUGAACAAAAGCCGAGGAAGCUCGUUCUAUGCUUCGAUGGCACGGGAAACGUCUUUAAUGGCAACACCUCAGACACCAACAUAGUCAAACUCUUCGACAAGUUUGACAGAAAGGACCCUUUGCAGUACCACUACUACCAAACUGGUAUUGGCACAUACAAUGUCGAUGGAGGUCCUGUCAACAAGACCUUUUUGGGCUCUAUCCGCUCAAAAAUCUCCAAAACCAUGGACAGUGGCUUUGCUACAACCUUUGACGCUCACGUUAUUGCAGGCUAUCGCUUCAUCAUGCGGUACUACAAGGAGGGUGACAAGAUUUACAUCUUCGGCUUCUCGAGGGGUGCUUUUACAGCCCGCUUCCUUGCACGCAUGAUUUACAGAGUUGGCCUACUCUCUGAAGGCAACGAAGAAAUGGUCCCUUUCGCAUACGACCUCUACCAGGAUUAUGAGAAGGGAAAGUUGGAAGUCCCCGACCAGGAGCGAAGGGAUUCUUCCCCUGCCACAGGAUCAGCCAAUGGAGCGCAUGGAUGCCACGAAACCGACCCUCUCAUCAACGGUGGCCCUGAUAUGCACGAAUGCUCGGAACCUGAUGAGCAACAGCUCAGAAAGAAUAAGCUCAAUGCAUUCAAAACAACGUUCUGUCGUUCAGAGGGCGCAGAUGAUUCGGGCAUCAAAGUGCACUUCUUGGGCAUGUUUGACUGCGUCAGUAGUGUUUCCGUCUUGGACAGCCCAUUUGGCAAAGCUCCCAAAGCCGUCUCAGUUGCGGGAACCGCCCGUCAUAUUCGCCAUGCCGUAGCCGUCGACGAGCACCGUGUCAAGUUCAAAGCCGCUUUGCUUCAUCAAGACAAAUACCACCCUCACACUGCCGGUGAAGAUGUCAAGGAAGUUUGGUUCCCCGGUAAUCACGGCGACGUCGGUGGAGGAUGGCCAGCUGCGCAACCCGCGACGGCCGACAAGCCCAAGGACGAGAGGAGCUGGUGGCGCAGAAUCUUCACAUCUUGGAAGGACCCGAAUGCAUCCAACCCUGGCACUGAUCCCUAUCAAAUGAGUGACGUGCCUCUUGCUUGGAUGAUCCGUGAAUUGGAAAUUAUUGGAGAACGGGAACCAGCAGCGGCGAUCACAUGGAACAAGAGGAAGGACGGAUUCAAGAAGCAUUUCUUUAUCAAGCGGAAUCAGGCUUACGAUGGUCCAAUGCACGACACUCUCAAGGUAUCAGGUGGCGCGUCACUAUUCAAAGUCAUUCUCUGGAAUUUUAUGGGUAAGUCACGCGCAUGCUUCAAGUUUGCACUCAGCUAACAAACCUAAACAGAAUAUCUACCAAUUCGACGCUGGGAAUUGCAGCUGACCGGUUUGGGACAUGAGUGGUCUUAUAUCGCAUUGCCUUUCAACAAGGGAUCGGCACGAGACAUUCCCGACGGCGCAUACUUACACGACUCUCUUCUCAGGCGAUUAAGAAAUCAUGCCGACGACUACCGUCCAUCCAACAACCGAGGCGGAAAGUCAGCUGCCUGUCUGGAUCCUAAGAAGUUUGUUCUCAAGGAAGAAGACAC